GAGCACGACUGCACGAGCACGAGCACAUGUUCAGAGCACCACUCUCCCCAGUCCAGACCUACUCCAUUCUCAGACCAGUAUCGUUGACCCCUCCUCCUCCUCCUCCUCCUCCUCUCGCUCUUGGAUCUGACCCUGCUUAGCCGCCGCCGACUCUGCGGAGGCGGCAGCAGCGACGUGGGAGGAGAGAGUACUGGUGAAGACACUGAAGCAGCAGCUGCAGGGAGAGAAGCACCGGGCGCCAUGGCGGAGACGGCGCUGGGCAUGGCCACCACACUGGUGGGCAGCGCGCUCCGCGUCGCCUCAUCAGCAGCAAAGGAGGAGGAUGAGCCUGCUGCUUGGGGUGCACGACCACAUCUGGAAAUUUCGUGAGGAUUAACGUGGAAGCUGCAAAAGGAGACUUUAAUUAGAUUCACACACCUGCAUUGCACACUCUUUGGAACUGGUUUUUGACCUGUUGAUUUCACCGGCUUAUGCCGAUGCUUAUGCUGAUUUGUUGUGAGGGAAAACCACUGUUUGUUCGCUGAAAAGUACUGCUGAUGUAGUGCUCCAGAGUGUUCAUCAGCGAUGAGCUAAAGAUGAUGCAAGCCUUCCUCAGAGCAGCUGAUGGAGCACGUGAGAACAUUGGGGUGUUGAAGGCGUAUUCGGAGCUGAUCCGUGAUUUGGCCUAUGACAUUGAAGAUAGCCUAGAGGAGUUCAUGGUGUUUAUCAAGAACAAGAGCCUUGUGAAACAACUUCUCAGCUUACGUGAGCGUCAUCGCAUUGCUGUCCAGAUACGCACUCUCAAACUAAGAGUCCAGGAGGUGAGCCAAAGGAACACAAGGUACAAUGCAAUCAAGCUCACACCAUCCACCUCCACUAAUGUGAUAGGUGACACAGAGUUCACCCGGAAUUUCACAGCUCUAAAUGUUGAGGAAGCCCAGCUUGUUGGUUUGGAUGAGCCAAAGAAGAAACUGAUGGAAUUAAUAGGCAUAUUGGAUGAACCCAAGGAACAUGAAUCCUCCAAUACUGGUCCAAGAGUGGUAUCCCUUGUUGGGAUGGGUGGCAUUGGCAAGACAACUCUCACGAAGAAGGUGUUUGAUAGCAACGAUCUUAGUGACAAGUUUGGCACUCGUGCUUGGAUCACAGUGUCACAGUCAUUCGAGCAAAAGGAGAUUUUUAAGGAGAUGGUGAAGCACCUCUUUGGAGCUGAGUUAUUGCAUAAGCUCUUAGAAGAUCAUCAAGGGCAACAGGUAUUGGAAGUACAUCUUGCUGACUACCUAUCCAAACGACUAAAGGAAACAAGUACCUUAUUGUUUUGGAUGAUGUUUGGACCAUUGAUGCAUGGAAUCGAAUUAAGGUUACUUUUCAAGAUAGUGGUAAGGAUGAUAGUUGUGUGGUAGUGACUACAAGGAAUCAAACAUUAGCUAAAUACUGUAGUCCCCCAUCACACAUCCACCAACCUGACUUCCUAGGGAAAGAAGAGGCUAGAACCUUGUUUCUGAAAAAGACAAACAGAAGUCUUGAUGAACUGGAGAAAGGUGACAAAACCAAAGGAAUUGUUGAAAAAAUAUUGAAUAAAUGUGGUGGACUACCACUUGCCAUUUUGACAAUUGGAGCCGUACUUGCCAAUAAGGACACUGAGGAGUGGGAGAAUAUAUACAUGCAACUCCCCUGGGAUCUUGCAAACAAUCCAAGCCUUGAUGCGCUAAGGCGAGUGGUUAGCCUUAGUUACAACCACUUGCCUUCGCGUCUCAAGCCUUGCUUUUUGCAUCUCAGUAUCUUUCCUGAAGAUUUUGAGAUUGAAAAGAAACACCUAGUGAAUAGGUGGGUAGCCGAAGGGUUGGUAGCAGAUGACACAACAACAAUAACACUUGAAGAAGUUGCUGAAAAUUACUUCUAUGAGCUCAUCAGCCGGAGCCUGAUUCAACCAUCUAAGUUAGAUAUACUGGGAAACGUGAAAACAUGCAGAGUUCAUGACAUUGUGCAUGAUAUUGCGGUGUCAAUCUCUAGGCAGGAGAACUAUGCAUUCAUACAUGGAGAACACACCUCCAACAUAUCAACAAGAGUAGGCAUCCGACAUCUAUCAUGUGUUGCUAGCAGGAAACUGAACACUGCUAUGGAUUUAAGCUGUGUCCGGUCUUUAACUGCGUUCAGUAAGCCUCUAGAGCUAAAAUCCUUAGUUUGGUCAUCCAAGUUCAAGAUGUUGAGGAUUCUGGAUUUAAAACAUGCUGGAUUUACGGCAAUCCAACAAGAUAUAAAAUACAUAGGGUUGUUGCUACACUUGAAGUACUUGCACUUUCCAAAGCGUAUAAAUAGUAGUGUUUAUGCACUUCCAAAGUCUAUAGGCAAUCUGCUUGGCUUACAGACUCUAGACCUACAAAGAUCAAGUGUUUCGACCCUACCAAUAGAAAUCACUAAGCUGCAUAACCUUCGCAGCCUUCGAUGUAGCAAGGUACCUAAUUAUGUUUAUUUCAAUCCAGCGCAACCUGCGACGGAGUGGUUCACGGAUGCCAUAGAAUGUUUAACGAGUGAGAGUGGUGCAACUGCUGACCUGCACAUGGCCUUGUCUAGUUGUUGGUCUAAUUCAUCCGGCAUUAAGUUGCCCAAAGGAGUGGGAAGAUUAAAAGAGCUACAAAUACUAGAGAAAGUGGAUAUCAAGCGAACAAGUCGGAAAGCAAUCAAGGAGCUAGGGGAACUAACUCAGCUGAGGAAGAUAAUUGUGAGAGGGAGAGGAGCCUCCAAGAAAAACUGCAAGGCAUUCUGUGAGGCUGCGCCAAAACUGUGCUCCCUCCGUUCCCUCAAUGUGAGUACCAUGGAGAGUAAAAAGGCAGCUGAGGCGCUGGAUGUGGUGGUUUCUUUUACAUCCCCUGUCCCUUCUCUUGAGCGUCUCAAAUUGAAGGGGCUUCUUCAGAAGAUACCUGCUUGGGUUGGUGAAUGUGAGAACUUGGUGAAGGUUGACUUAAAAUAUUGUCAGCUCAAGGAAUUGGUGGCCUUGGCUGAACUGCGCAACCUGGUACAGCUUCGUCUUAAAAAAGAUGCAUUCGAUGCAGAGAAUUUAGUGUUCCACGAGCAUGGAUUCCCAAAGCUCAGGAUCUUAAUCAUAAAGGAUCAUUAUGUAAUGGCACUGAAGGAGGUGACCUUUGAGUAGAGCUCCUCGCCCAACAUAGAAACAAUAGGCAUCUUCCAUUGCCAUUUGGAAGCAGGGAUCAAUGGUAUCAAACACCUUCCAAAAUUCAAGAAGAUUUGUAUUAACAACAAUGAUUUGGGGAAGCAAAGUAGCAUGUUACAAGAGGAAGUGGAGAAUCACACGAAUCACCCUGUGCUGCAAAUAAUUCCGGGCUCCGCUUUUGAUCCAGGACAGAAUUUGUACUCUUGAUCUGCCUUCACGUCUGCACAGUCCAAGCUCCUGCACAUCAUCAGCAGCAGGAGCCUCCCUUCUUCGUAAUCAUCACUCUGUUCAAUUAUAUAUGUGUCUCCUGCCCUGAGGACUGCUUCAAUUUGUAUCAUUGUGCCUUAUAAUACUCUUUGUGUGUAAUAUAAUCUGGACAGCAGACUUGUGUUCCA